CUUAUAACUGCCAUAAUAUGUACCCCAUCGAAAACAGAACAUGUGAAAGAACACCAAGUUCGUUAACGCUUUCGUGAAUAAAGAAGUGAGAUCUAACUGGAAACCAAGUUCUUUCAAAGCCCCUUAGAUCACAGUCGCAGCUCCUGGCAUGCAUAACGCUCUUAAAAUGAUUUGUGAUGUUAUGAGGCCUCUGUUUGGCCUGGCCUAAAGUGCCCGCGGUCGGAAUCGAAUCAGCGUCCUCCGUGUACGCGAUGAAUGCCCGAGCGGUCGUCUGGGCUCGGUGGGAUGGCUCGAAAUGUUCAAGUACCUAUAUGACAAUUUCCCGAAGGCAUGUGAUAGGUAGAUAGGAGUGGUAAAUACGUACAUUUUAAUUAAUUUUUCGAUUAAAUAAUAAAAUAAAGUUUUAUUGAUUUCGAGAUUGAAUAUGAUAGAUUUUAAUUAUAAAUCCAAUCAAUGCAAUUCAGAAGUAAUUAUUUUUAGUAAUUAUAAUACUGGGUAUAUAAGCGUACGAAGCUGGGUACGAAGCAUCAUUUGUACACAAGUCACAGGAGAGUAGACGGUCGCAAGUUGACGGCCGGAAAAUAUUACAGAUAUCUACAAACUUUUUCAUUUUCAGAAUUAUAUACAAUGGUGUAUUUAGAAUAAUAACAAUAAACAUAAUGGAUAUAUACAGUGGAUUAAUAUAUAUAUAGCGUAAAUCUAAAAUUACAUAUACAUAAAAAUAAUGUUUGUCAAUUUCUUGACUUUUUAGCUAUUGCGAUGCCAUGAGCGUCAAAGUAAGAGGUCCUUAUUAAAACAGUACGUUGUGUAUACAUACCUACAUGUAUUAUAUAACAUGCUGUUUUAUACUAAUGGCAUACUUUGUUUUGCUAUCAGUUUUUUUUUCAGAAGACAGGUAAGUGCUGUAUUUAUGUUUUCCGGCCGAGUCCGUCAAACAGAAAAAUAGUAUACACACCUCGGCCAGUGAAUGAGAAACCUCAGAUCACAUUUUUGUGGAAUUUGGUGUGAUCUGACACAUUUCUCACUUUAUUGUUCUAGGUUUGUAAUACACAUAGUAUUAAGACUAUUUAUUUAUGUCCGUUUUUAAGGAUUUUGUAAAAGUGCAAACACGUAUUAAAGCGAUACAUUUUUGCACUUCCUUAUUUAAAAAUUGUACAACAAACAUCAGAAAAUCGGAACAUUUAGGUAGGGUAGGGUAGGAUUGUUAGGUAGGCUCGUAGGUAGGGCACUCGACAGUAGGUAGGCAGGAUUUAUGUCAAGUGUUAUUUAAUUUGCAUUUAUUCAUAAUUCUCGCUACUAUUGCCACAGCCGCUGUCUCGCUCCCAGUGAGUGUGGCGACAGUAGGAGACUCAUCCCGAUCAUACCAUUACCUAAGAGUAAGAACUCCUUAUUAAAACGGUACGUUGUGUAUACAUACCUACAUGUAUCAUAUAACAUACUGUUUUAUACUAAUGACAUACUUUGUUUUGCCAUCAGUUUUAUUUUCUGAAGACAGGUAAGUGCUGUAUUUUUCUGUUUUCCGGCCGAGUCCGUCGAACAGAAAAAUAGUAUACACACCUCGGCCAGUGAAUGAGAAACCUCAGAUCACAUUUUUGUGGAAUUUGGUGUGAUCUGACACAUUUCUCACUUUAUUGUUCUAGGUUUGUAAUACACCUAGUAUUAAGACUAUUUAUUUAUGUCCGUUUUUAAGGAUUUUGUAAAAGUGCAAACAAGUAGUAAAGCGAUACAUUUUUGCACUUCCUUAUUUAAAAAUUGUACAACAAACAUCAGAAAAUCGGAAUAUUUAGGUAGGGUAGGGUAGGAUUGUUAGGUAGGCUCGUAGGUAGGGCACUCGACAGUAGGUAGGCAGGAUUUAUGUCAAGUGUUAUUUCAUUUGCAUUUAUUCAUAAUUCUCGCUACUAUUGCCACAGCCGCUGUCUCGCUCCCAGUGAGUGUGGCGACAGUAGGAGACUCAUCCCGAUCAUACCAUUACCUAAGAGUAAGAACUCCUUAUUAAAACGGUACGUUGUGUAUACAUACCUACAUGUAUCAUAUAACAUACUGUUUUAUACUAAUGACAUACUUUGUUUUGCCAUCAGUUUUAUUUUCUGAAGACAGGUAAGUGCUGUAUUUUUCUGUUUUCCGGCCGAGUCCGUCGAACAGAAAAAUAGUAUACACACCUCGGCCAGUGAAUGAGAAACCUCAGAUCACAUUUUUGUGGAAUUUGGUGUGAUCUGACACAUUUCUCACUUUAUUGUUCUAGGUUUGUAAUACACCUAGUAUUAAGACUAUUUAUUUAUGUCCGUUUUUAAGGAUUUUGUAAAAGUGCAAACAAGUAUUAAAGCGAUACAUUUUUGCACUUCCUUAUUUAAAAAUUGUACAACAAACAUCAGAAAAUCGGAACAUUUAGGUAGGGUAGGGUAGGAUUGUUAGGUAGGCUCGUAGGUAGGGCACUCGACAGUAGGUAGGCAGGAUUUAUGUCAAGUGUUAUUUCAUUUGCAUUUAUUCAUAAUUCUCGCUACUAUUGCCACAGCCGCUGUCUCGCUCCCAGUGAGUGUGGCGACAGUAGGAGACUCAUCCCGAGCAUACCAUUACCUAACUCAGCAAUAGUUAUUAAUACUCGUAUUAGAAAAGGUAUAGUGUAAGACACAUUCAUGCCUCGAGCCUGACAGUUGCGCCGCACACUGUGUGCUGCAGUCGAGGUGUUUCAUAUGGACACGAACAAACUGCCAGAACAUGUACCCACUGCCUUGAAUCGCGAGCAGUAAGGCCGUGCACGCAUAUUCUGCCAUGCACUGUACUGUGUCCAUAUUUAAUACCUUAACUGUAACCCUGACUGUCAAAAGUUGGCAUUUGGCAAGUCACCGACUAUAACACAUGCGGCGCCGUGUAGCGUCAUCUGGUUCGGCUGUCUGUUUGCUUAGACCACACCUGUUCUACAAUCAAUAACCGUGUGCUGGGAAUGCGGAACACGCGGCGGUGUGCAAAUAUUGGAGCCAAUGUACACCGCUGAAGUAGGUGGCGUUUUGCGGCGCGACGCCAUACUGUUGAUUGGAUUGGCAAACGCGAGCGCUUGUCACACUAGUCACCGCAUGGCGUACAGGGCCGUGCCCACCUACUGCAGCGGUCCCACUUGAGGGUACAAUAUUAGGCACCACGUGUGCGUAUCCUUGUCUAUUCACGGAUAAUGUUUGAGAAACUAACUAACGAAGCCAUUUUCACUUCAGAUAAAUUAUAUGACACCCAGUGCAAAGUAUUGAACCGCGAGGACGACUACAAAUUAUGGGUUAACAAAAUCCGUGAAACAGGCAGUUGCUACCGCCUGAUGUUGGAGCAAGAAAGAAGCUUUAUUGCAUCAAAAGAGCGGUGCGAUGAAGACGGGGCCGAGUUGUUAGUCAUCGACAACGAAGUGGAGCACGAGGUCGUCAGGGGGUUGGUCCAGGAGUUGGAUCCUGUAUACGAGUACUUUUACACGGAUAUAAUACGGAGGGAUAACGUGCACCACUUUAAGGAGGGCAACAAAUGGUAUACUUCAACUAAACACUGUUGUCAACUGUUUCGAAAUAGACAUCUCGAGACUCUUCAUGAAAUCGCCUACGCGCCCUGGGCGUCAGACAAUGUUGAAGUAGAGCAGUAUUACGAAGCUGUAGCAGCCCUACUCAGGGCCAAGGACGCCAUGUAUGUACAAAGGAACGUUGGAAUAGUAUUUGUGUGGAAUUCGAACAAAACAGUAGAACUUAAAGAUGAUAAAAGUCCUGCGCUGUACGGAUUCUGUGAGAAGAGAGUAGCCCCACGACCGCCUUACUAAUAUUUCUGCUCCUCGUACUAACUAAACGAAAAGAGCAGGUCGGGCCAAGAGAAAAUAAACGGUUACGCCAA